UAAAGUAAUCAUAUCUUCAUCCUGCUUUGAACCCACAGAAACCCUUCUUGACUUAUUUUCUGAAGUUCCUGCCAUGAUUUUAUCAGUUUGACACUCCUUAUCCGUCAUAGUGUAAGAUUCUUAUAAGACUUAAGUUAUUUUCUCUAUUUCACAGAAAAAUAUUAAACUAUAUUGUAAGUUUAACAAAAACUACCAAGUUGUAAUGUUUUCCAAUAAAUUUAAGUUGUUUUUAUAAAACUAACAUUAAUUUAAGAUUAAAUUCCAAUAAUUUUAUCAAUUAUUCAAUAAAAAUAAGAAUUACCAAGAACUAAUUCUUGUAAACAAACACUUUAUGCAAUAAAAGUUAUCUCAUAUAAUACUAAGAUUUGCAAUGAAAGUUUAAGUGGAAAUUUAUUGACAAAUUGGAAAGUUAAAUUCAAUGUUUAUGGAAACUUACAGUUAAAUUAAACAAUAACAGUUAUUCAGGAAUAUGAAUUAACCAGUGUAAUAUCAGAAUUAACCUGAUACUAUAUCAAAACAUUUGAACUUCAAUGUACAAAACUUAAGUUUGACAUGUAAUAAAACUUGUUAUGUAUUGUUGUUGUAAAAAAAAAAGCUAAUCUUGCAUUAUCAAUUGCAUAGAAAACUGAUUAAUAGACACUGUGCAUAAGUGAUUAACAACAGGAUUAAACAAUUAAACUAUUUUCAGUAAACACUUAGUAAUAAACACAUGUACUUACUUGAACUUAUAUUAAGUUUACACAAUUCUGUAAAUGAUAGGUUAACACAAGUAAAUUAUGCAUGAAACAAUAUUUAUUUCUUGCUGAAAGCUGAAAUGCACAUUAAAUAACAAAACAACAAUAUUAUGCAAUGACUAUUUGCAAAUAAUUUGUCAAAUCUCAAAAUAUGGUCAAAGAAAGUUGUGUGAAUGGUUAUUAGCAUCACAUUUUCUUCUCAGAAUCUAUUUAUUCUAAAAUAUAUUAUGUACUAAUUACAUAAUAGCAAAUUAGUCCUCUUCCCCCCGGACCUCGAUACCGAGAACACGUAUACAAACCGCAGUUAGUGUUUUGUUUAAAUAUUAAAUACGAAAUUAAACACAAAAAUCAACAUAAAAAAUUAGGAGUGCAUGAAGCAAAGGAGCUUUCGUCAACCGUCAAUGCAUCGUCACCACCUAUUUUACCACCAGUAAGCAGCCAUCUUUACUUAUUACCCAAUACGUCUCUACAGACUAAACAAAAUGCCGCUGAAGCGUACACCUCCAAAAAAUCUUUGCGAUUUUGGUUCUGCAGUUAUACAACAUAGUGAGUCGGAACCAAACAUUGCCACCCAGUGUGACACACCAUCUGCAGAAAUUUCAACUACCCGCAAGCGUAAGCGUGAGGAGGAAGAAUUAUUGAUGUUUAGAAAUGAAUUCAUGGAGCUUUUUUCAUCAUGGAAACGGGAACAGGAAGCGAGGUUUUCUACAAUUCUAUCAGCCAUGGAAGAGAUUAAAGGACAAAACACUGAAAUUAGAAAUUCUAUAGACUAUAUGUCACUAAAAUAUGAUGAACUUUUAGCAAAAAUUCACAAAUUAGAAGCUGAAAAAAAUGCAAAUUGCAAACAAAUAGAAGUGUUAGAAUCAAAAAUCGAAUCUAUGGAGGGAAGUCUCCGCUCCACCAAUAUUGAGCUUUCAAAUAUACCUAAGUUUCCUAAGGAGAACAAAGAAAAUUUAAUUUCCAUUAUACAGGAGGCUGCCAAACUGGUGGGCGCGCCUAUUGGUUUAACGGAAAUUCGUAACAUCUACCGUAUUAAUACGAGGAAUGAAAAUAAUAAGCCAAUUGUUGUGGAGCUGACCAGUGCGCUGCUGAGGGAAAAAGUAUUAAAAGCAGUUAGGAAAUAUAAUAAUGAGCACAAAAGCAACAGAUUGAGUACCAGCCAUUUACACCUGGACUGCCCCUCACGACCAGUAUUUAUCUCAGAAAAUCUUACAUUUCAAAAAAAGAAACUUUUCUUUGCAGCAAGAGAAUUUGCAAAAAUUAACACCUUUUCAUUUUGUUGGAUUUCACAAGGUAAAAUUUAUUUGCGAAAAAAAGAAGGGGAUCCCUACAUCCGGAUCAACAAUGAAAGUGACCUCGCCAACAUUAAUGUAGAAUGACUAACUGUAGAAAUCAGGUACCUUUUGCUAAUUUUUAUUAAAUGUCUUUUAUCGUUUAACUUUUGCUGCUUAUUUUUUAAUAUAGGCUUAAAUUUAAUAUUGUCUCUAUCAUGUAAUAGCAUUUAUAGCUCAUUAUUUGAUGUAGCUUUGAAUCUUAUACUGUUUAACAUACAAAUUAACAUACAUAAUUAUUUAUUUAUUAAUGCAUGCAAACCACAAUCACAUUCUACAACUACACACACCGUAUACUGCAAAUACUCACACUUCAAACAUACUGUAACCUACUUUUGUUUCUUUAUACACAAAUCAAACUUACCUGUUUUUAUUGUACUAACCCCAUGGCACAUUCUGUACCCACGACAUGCUAUUUAUCCAAACAUUAUGCGUGGUGUUUUGGAGGUGGCGGAUGAAUUUUAUAUGGUGAAUUUUUUUACACUAUAUAGUUUUAAAAAUAUAUAUAAAAAAAAUCUCAUUACCAAAUUUCAUAGAUUUUUUAAUACUUUUGAAAUGCUCUUUUGCUUGUUUGCUUAUCUAUCAAAGCUUAUCCCAGCUUUAACGUAUAAAGAACUUUUUACGCUUUCUUAUAGCUGUUAAUAUGGAUGCAUAUUGCAAUAGCUUAGAUAAUGAUCUCUUUUAUUCGGUACCCUGUGCGGUUGAUGAUUUUAUUACACACGUACCAACCCAUAAAGCUUCAUUAUCACUGCUGACACAAAAUAUUCCUAGCAUUAGUCGUAAUUUUUCCGAUUUUGAGGUUCUAUUAAAUCGCUUGAAAACAAAAUUUGAUGUUUUGAUUCUCACUGAAUGCUGGCUUUCGUAUGCGCCAAUUAUUCCCGUUCUGGACAACUACUCAUCGUUCUCUUCUCAGGUUAGUUUUAAUAAAAACGAUGGAGUGGUGGUAUAUAUUAGAAAUAACUUGCAUUUCUCGGUUGAGGAACCUGAGUUUCAAAAAGGAAAUUGUCUCAUUAUCACGUUAGGACAAGAUACGGCAAUUUUGGCGGUAUAUAGAUCACCGGCUUUUGCUUCAAAACAUGAAAUAGACUCGUUUAUUUCAUCAAUCGGUACCCAAUUACAAAAAUUAUAUACAUUUAAAAACAUUAUUUUAGCUGGUGAUAUUAAUUUAGCUAUAAAUUCCAAUAAACUAGAUACUAACGCUGAAAAUUAUUUAAACCUCUUGGCCUUUCAUGGACUUUUACCUACUCACACGCUGGUAACUAGAGAUCAAAGCGGAAAUUGUUUAGAUCACAUUUUAUUGAAGUCAAGUAUGCUCUCUUUGACACUUGUUCCCCAAUCUACGGUUACUGACCAUAAAGCAGUGGGUUUAUUUUUGUGUUAUCAACCAAAUAGAAAGGAAGUACUUUGCAAUACAAACAAGGUUAAUGUAGAUGGUCUUAAUAUGGAUCUUAUGAAUAUAGAUUUUGAACCAAUUUACAGUUCAUUUGAUCCGAAUUUUCAAAUGGUCUAUUUAAUAAACCAAAUAAAAUCUGCGGUGGAACGUAACACAAAGACUGUCUCGGUUUCUAGAAGUAAGAGAAUUAUAAAGCCAUGGAUAACACCCGGCGUGCUGAGAUGCAUAAGGUUCAGAGACAAAUUACAUGCUAGAAGUAAAGAACAACCUACAAAUGAUACGCUUAAAUUGUCUUAUUCUCGUUAUAGAAAUUUCUGUAAUAACUUAAUAAAAAAACUCAAACGAGAAUAUGAUAAAGAUCAAAUUAAUAAAGCUGGAAAAAAUAAUAAAAAAAUAUGGGAGACUAUUCGAAACAUAACUUAUAGUAAGAAAAUUAAAAAUCCGGCGCAGGAGCUUUUAAAAAUAUCUGCAAAUCCGGAUCUUUCAGUCGAUAGUGUAAACAGGUUCUUUGUCAAUAUUAGCGAGAAAUUGGUCAGCAACUCUCACCAAGUUUUCCGCAAUCCGGGCUUAGACGGCGUGAGUAAGGCAAACUCGUUUGUUCUGCUUGAAACGGAUGAGCGGGAGGUUGGUGGUCUAAUUCAAAAUCUUAAAAAAGAAAGCUCUGCAGGAUGGGACGGCAUUUCUAACCUAUUAUUAAAGACUCAUAAGGAUAUUAUCGUUCGCCCCUUGACUUUUAUACUUAAUAAUUGUCUGCGUGAAGGCGUGUUCCCAGCAGUUCUUAAAAAAUCGAUAUUUAUCCCGAUUCACAAGGGUGGUAACAAAGAUUGUAUAUCUAAUUACAGGCCCAUAUCAUUACUGCCUUCAUUUUCGAAAAUUUUUGAAAAACUCAUCAAUAGUCGUUUAGUUAAAUACCUCGAAAAAAAUAAAAUUUUAUCAGAAAACCAGUUUGGUUUUCAACAAGGCAAAUCAACCACUGAUGCUAUACAUGCGGUAACUGAGUUUGUUGCAGAGAGACUUGACGAGGGUAAUAAAUGCGUUGGCAUUUUCUUAGAUCUAGCUAAAGCCUUUGAUACGGUUUCCAUUCCUACUCUGCUCCAAAAAUUGCAUAGGAUUGGAAUCCGCGACUGUCAACUAAGGUUGUUCGAGGAUUACCUCUUCGGAAGAUACCAAUCGGUAAAUAUAAUGGGGCAUCGAAGCUCCGAACUAAAAAUAAAACAUGGAGUCCCACAGGGCAGCGUUUUAGGCCCUACCCUAUUCCUAAUUUAUAUAAAUGACCUGUGCCAGCUGCAUCUUAAAAAUGGCAAAAUUGUCACCUACGCUGACGACACAGUUCUACUGUUCUCAACUAAAACUGUAAGUGGGACCUACGAUGCUGCACAAAAAGGAUUAAACCAUGUCAUGAACUGGUUAAGGUUAAACAAAUUGACAUUAAACACGGAAAAGAC